AUGCGCAGACCAAGUGCUACUACCCCUAGCCAGAUAGGCACCUCCCGUCAGCCAAUCAUGAUCGAUGAUGAUAUCGACUAUCUGAGCACGAACCUCUACGAUGCCAUCACGAUUGAAGACGACGACGAUGACGUACGAUUCAUCUCUGUACAAGGACCAUUUGUCGACGAUGAGGUCCGUUGGGGUGCACCUGGGCCCCCACGCCCUCACAGAACGACCAGAAGACAAACAAAACCUUUUGUCAUCUACGAGCCCAGAACCAAGCCCGUCACCAACGCAUCUUUCCUGCAAGGCCACUGGAUCACAGACACUUUUUGCCUUGUUUCUGGUCUCGUUGUCGAGCUCAGACAAGACCCCGGCGCGCCCUUCAAAUGUGGAGACUUUCUGAAAAUCGAAAGCAUUUACGAAGAUCUAGACACUCAUGCAGUCUAUCUCAGAGGCUUUCUCUAUCGUCGUGCAAAGACUUUGGAUGGUAUGCUCCCGAAAAAGCUCAACGAAGUGUACCAGGUCCUACAACAGAAUCUGGAAGAUCCCCGUGCAAUCCAUAUUCAAUCUCUCCACGACGUCCCGGUCAGUCUAGUUGUCCGCACCCGCUGCUUGAAACACACCAAUGCCCCUUUUCCUGAGAACAGCUUCCGCACGCGUGAAGACAUGCAUGAACAGACAGACGAGUUCCGUCGAGACAAUGCGCAGCUCACAUGCCGUUGGAAGAGGCUGUUUCAGUAUACUUGCUCAACGGAUUUGAAGACUGGUUACCCACAGCAGCAGUCUCUCCAGAGACUCACCGAUGUUGAAUGCGAUGAAGGCUUUCGUGUUUUGGAUGUUGUGCUACGCAAAGCUGUUCCGAAGAUCGAAUCAGACCUUACCGCUGUCGACCUUACCGCGGAAGAGGCAGCCGACCAAGACGCUCAGCAGCUGUCGAGCAUGCUUCGCAACACGCACAUCUCUGAUACAAGCACCGACUCUGCAUACACUUUCGGUGACUUUUUCUGCGGAGCAGGUGGUGUCUCCGUCGGAGCUCGAGAGGCAGGUUUCAAUAUCGUCUAUGGCGUCGACCAUGACCGAGACGCUUGCGCCACGUAUCGGAAGAACUUUCCCGGCACAACCGUCUUCGAGGAGGAUGUCAACCACAACCUAACCGUCAGACAGGAAAAUGCACAUGUACGCUGCGUCCAUAUGUCCACUGUGUGCAAAACCAUCUCUACUGCAUACACCGUCAGAGGCAAGAACCAUGACGCGAACGAGGCAACUCUUUUUACCAUCUCGGACAUCCUUCGCAAAGCUACACCAAUGGUCGCUACCCUUGAGCAGACCUUCGGCGCUCUUAACCAAGGCAAGAAGCAGCUCUUCAAUGCUUUUGUCUGGCAGUUUACUUCGAUGAAUUAUUCAGUCAAGUGGGCCGUUCAUACUCUAUCCGAGUAUGGUGUUCCACAGGCACGCAGGCGUCUCAUUAUGAUUGCCGCUUGUCCCGGACAUCCUCUGCCUGAGUUCCCAAUGCCUACGCACGCCCCUUCACCCGAAAGCCCUGUUCCAGGUUUGAGGCCUUCUGUGACAAUUGCAGAAGCUCUUCGACCCAUUCGCCGGAACACACCAAACCACAAUCCUGGCGCUCUACCCUCAAAAGACCUGGCUCCCUACAGCCCUGACCAGCUGGUCCGAGGUUGCAUUACCACUAGCGGUGGUCAAAACAACUGGCACCCGAGCGGCAAGCGCCACUUCACUGAGCGUGAGUACGCCUGUUUUCAGACAUUCCCUCUGGAUCAUGUCUUCGUGGGAACCAGAUCUUCGGUUGUUCAACAGAUCGGAAAUGCAGUUCCACCUGCCUUUUCUCAGAAGCUCUUUGAGAGUAUACAUAAGACAUUUGAAGAGGUCGACAAGCAAGACCGUGAGAGCGCCGAACCUAUUCUGGUCGAUGAUGAUGAGGAUAUGACGGACGAACUCAGGGUCGUUGUGGACCUGACUUGA